CCCCAUUACACUCUAUACCGGUGAGUCGCCUUACGAGAAAUUGAAGCUCAAGAAAGCACAACAGCGUCUGAAGAAAGAAUAUCAAAAGGAGAAAAGACGUGCCGAACGCAAACAAGCACAAAAGGAAAUUCGUAAAGACGCUAAUAAGGAAGGACUCAAUGGCUGGGAAGAGGAAAACUCUGCAGAUGAAGGAAACACCGAUGAUAACGAUUAUGAAUUACCAGCAACCAACCAACAAGAAGACGAAAAGAGUUGUAAAAACCUUGAACUACCGACUUCGCCUUGCACGCUCUGGCAUAGCAACUUCAAAGAUAUACCGCGCAAGAAAGAUCUACACAUUGAAGAGCUAAUAGCCGAACGUGAUCAAUUUGUACGACUAUGUAGCAAAAACCGUUUUUAUGCAAAUCCCAACUUCAAUCAGCCAUGGCGAGUGUUUUCAAAACUUGCCGCCAGGCUCUCUAACGACAUCAUCGGCGUAAUCGAGGAAGACUUUACCAUUGGUGUUUCGAAGUUUGUGCAGGACUUCCUGGAUAACGAGACCAAGAUAUAAGAACGCUGCUUCUGCAGUUUACCUUCUUCGAUAUUUUGUUCUGUUUUACCUCCAUGCAUAUAUAUUUUUUAAUAUUUUCCGUUGUGGUGUUGCAGCUGUGUGCAUGUUUUUUAUAUGGAUAUGAUUCUCAAGUUUUGCUUUGAAAUUGUAGAGCAAAUUUUGGCAGAUUUUAGAUACGUAUGUAGAGCUUACACAGUAGAUAAUCGACAUUUUUCGCGAUCAUGUCAAAGGUUAAGGUAGAUAAGGUAUCUAUAAUGGCUUUACAACUUUAUCCCUUGACAAGCUUGCGAAAACCGGUUGUUACUGUGAAUAAUCCACGCAGCAUAUGCUUGUGUGUAUGUGUAACAAGUAUAUCUCAAUAUAUGCUGUACCUAUGCCAAAAUAGUUCAUGUAAAAAAUUUUUUACUAUUAUUAAAUUUUUUUUCUCAAAAUUUUCAU